AGCCAGGGCGUGGGCGGGCUCGGAGCUUCCUCCGGGUGGGGAGGCCGAGCCGGACUGGAGGUUUGGGACGCCUGGUUUGCUAAGCUGUGUGGCCUCGGCGGGUCGCCAUCCCUGCCCGCCCUCCUCAGGGAGCGACCCUGAGAUGGCCGACCUGAUAGGGGGCGGGGGAGGGAGAUAGGCCCCACGCCUAGUCGUUCAGGAUUCCCCUGGAGAGGUUUUAAAACUACGUUGUAGCAGCCUCUUUGAAAGUAGACAAAGGGAAUCAAGUGUCGGGGCAGAGGCCCGGGCGACGCGCCGUGACCCCUGGCGCUGGUUUUACUGCAAGUUCGGUCUAGAGAAGUGAUAGAGAAGUAAAGCGUAAUUUCUCUACUGUGUCGGGGUCCUUUCGUACAGUGGGAAGCUUCACGGUUUCCCGACCUGGGAGCGGGCGCCGUGCCGCUGCGAGGACCGGGCGGGAGGAGGAGUCCUGCCCUGCACCGGCCGCCAGCCUUUUGGUCUGGCGCCCAAACUUCCCUCGUCGAGACUUGGGCUCCUUCUCUCUAACGGGGUAUUGGAGCUCGUGCUUAACUCGGAAGCGGGGCGAAGGUGGAGAGGGGAUAUACAGCAAUGGUACCGUUACCCGCGGUUGGCCUUUGGAAAAUGGCAGCUUGAAUAGAGGAACGGGCAUGGUGCAGAGGAGCACGAAACGGGACUCGACACCCGAAAAGGCUGGAGUGGGUGAAACCGAGGCUGUCCCAGUGUGUGUUGAAGUACCAGAUCAGUGCCAGUUCUCUGAUUUUUGUCGUUGGUUCUUGAUCUUCCACAAUGGGUGAGCCACAGCAAGUGAGUGCCCUUCCACCACCUCCAAUGCAGUACAUCAAGGAGUAUACGGAUGAAAAUAUUCAGGAAGGCCUCGCUCCCAAGCCUCCACCUCCAAUAAAAGACAGUUAUAUGAUGUUUGGCAACCAGUUCCAAUGUGAUGAUCUUAUCAUCCGCCCUUUGGAAAGUCAGGGCAUCGAACGGCUUCAUCCUAUGCAGUUUGAUCACAAGAAAGAACUGAGAAAACUCAAUAUGUCUAUCCUUAUUAAUUUCUUAGACCUCUUAGAUAUUUUGAUAAGGAGCCCUGGGAGUAUAAAACGAGAAGAGAAGCUAGAAGAUCUUAAGCUGCUUUUUGUACAUGUGCAUCAUCUUAUAAAUGAAUACAGACCCCACCAAGCAAGAGAGACCCUGAGGGUCAUGAUGGAGGUGCAGAAACGUCAACGCCUUGAAACAGCUGAGAGAUUUCAAAAGCAUCUGGAAAGAGUCAUUGAGAUGAUUCAGAAUUGCUUGGCUUCUUUGCCAGAUGAUUUACCCCAUUCAGAAGCAGGAAUGAGAGUAAAAACUGAACCAAUGGAUGCCGAUGAUAGCAACAAUUGUACUGGACAGAAUGAACAACAGAGAGAAAGUUCAGGUCAUCGGAAAGACCAGAUUAUAGAGAAAGAUGCUGCUUUGUGUGUUCUAAUUGAUGAAAUGAAUGAAAGACCGUGAAGGAUGUUUCUUUUGUUGUUGCUUUUUCUUUUCAGUAAAUAGCAUCAUAUAUUGUUAAUUUUCUCUUCAAGAGUUAAAAGAGAGAACUAAGAGUUACGUAAAGAGCUUCAGUCUCCAACUUUAUCAAUUAUGAGAUAUCACAGACAGUAAUUUCUCUCUAUAGCAAGCAUAGGCAAAUGAGUAUGACUAUAUUAAGAGUAAUCAAUUUAGCCCUGGCUGGUGUGGCUCAAUGGAUUGAGUGCUGGCCUGCGGAGUGAGAGGUUGCUGGGUUGAUUCCCAGUUUGGGCACAUGCCUGUGUUGUGGACUAGGUCCCCUGUUGAGCGAUGUUCAAGAGGCUACUGAUUGAUGUUUCUCUUGCACAUCACUGUUUCUAUCCCUCUCUCCCUAAUUUCCACUCUCUAAAAAAAAAAUAAUAAUAAUAAAACAUUUUUUUAAAAAAGUAAUCAACUUAAAAAGCAAAGUGCUGCUGUUGUGUGGAACAUUCCUGUUGCUGUAAACAUUGAAGAUAAUACUUAGUAAUAGCAAACUUUCAUCCUUGAAAAGUAGAUUGGUCAUCUGAUUUAAGAAUGCUAAAUAAAGAAUAUCAAACUG